UCUGUUGUCACAAACCGCCCUCACAGCUUCUUUGGCCCCAACUGCCUCUCCACCUUUCCAGUCAUCUCCUUAUUUUUCUUAGUCUCCCUGCUUUUCUCUUUUUCCCUCUUUCUCUCCAUACCUGUAGCCGACCAACAGCUGUUUGGAUGUUUUAUUUUUGCAUUUACAAACUGUUGUUAUUUUCUUCGCCAACACCAACAGAUUUAUAAACAUUAUGGAUGUGAGUUUUUCAGGGUGAAAUAUUCUCGGGGCUCUGCCCUCGCGCUACGCCGUAAGAGUGACCACAUGAGUUCAGCUGGGUGAGACAAGACCCCCGCGGUGCACAUCGGAGUAGCCUACUACCAGCUCAUGUGCUGCCUGCUACCAUGGAGCGGUCAUGGGUCGGUCUGCUGCUCCUCGCGCUCUGCCUUUUACUUACGGAAGUCAGCGGGAGAAAUCCCACAUGUCACUUCAUCUGGGAGCUGCAGAGGGCGGAGCUAGAGUGUCACAAUCAGCUGGAGAAACAAUCACUAGAGCCUCCCGGAUGUGGUGGUCUAUGGGACAACAUCUCAUGCUGGGCCCCAGCAGCAGUAGGGGAAGAGGUGACUCUCUCCUGCCCCACUGCUCUCACACACCUCUUCGGACGACAUGGUACCUUUAGUAGGAACUGUACUGAGGCUGGCUGGUCUGACAUCUACCCCAGCAUCAGCACGGUCUGCUGGUCCAGCGACAACAAACCUAACAAGCUGCUGUUCUACUCAGUGGUGAAGACUCUGUACACUCUGGGCCACAGCCUCUCAAUUAUUGCUCUCGUCACCUCUACAUUCACCCUCUGUCUGAUCAGGAGGCUCCACUGCACUAGGAACUACAUCCAUGUCAACCUGUUUGUGUCGUUCAUCUUGCGAGCGGUGGCUGUGCUGGUUAAAGACUCUGUCAUCUUCUCCCAGAACCAAAACACUGACUGUAGCACACAGCCCUCACUGGUGGGCUGUAAGGUCAGUUUGGUGAUGUUUAACUAUUUCAUAAUGGCUAACUUCUUCUGGCUGCUGGUGGAGGGGCUCUACCUACAGACACUGCUCCUGGUAACCUAUUCAUAUACACACCUCGCUGUCUACUUCACAAUCGGCUGGGGGUUACCCUCAGUAUUUCUGGUGAUCUGGAUCUUCUGUAGGAUGUAUCUGGAAGACACCGACUGCUGGGAGAGGAAUGACAUUCCUACCCCUAGGAGGGUGAUCAACUGGCCCAUAAUGGCGUCUGUGAUAAUCAACUUUGUUCUGUUCAUCAGUAUCAUCCGUAUCCUGGUCCAGAAACUACUCUGCUCUGACGUGGGCGGGAACAACCAAUCACAGUACAGGUGUCUGGCUAAGUCCACCCUGCUGCUGAUUCCUCUAUUUGGAGUCAACUACAUGGUGUUUGUCUACCUGGUGGAGACAGAGAGCGACAGGAUGGCAGAAUACAAGAUUAUCUUUGACCUGGGACUGGGGUCAUUCCAGAGAAUUCUACAGGAGAAUGUCAAGCCAUCCAUCUGUGAGCUGAAGCUGAAGUGCAGUUGGGUCAUGCAGAAAGACAAUGAUCCAAAAACACACAAUCAAGUCUACAUGAAAAGGGUUAAAAAGCAACAAAUUUGAAGUUUUGGAAUGGCCUAGUCAAAGUUCUGCAUGCAGGAGUGGGCCAAAAUUCCUCCACAGCGAUGUGCGAGACCUAUCAACAACUACACAAAGUAUCUGGUUGGAGUCAUUGCAGCUAAAGGUGGCACAACCAGUUAUUGAGUGUAAGGGAACAAUUACUUUUUCACACGGGGGAAUUGGGUGUUGCAUAACUUUGUUCAUUAAAUUAAAAUAAGUGUCAUUUUUUUUUGCUAUUUGUAAACUCAGGUUCCCUUUAUCUAAAGUUUUGGUUGAGGAUCUGAUAACAUUCAACAUAAAAAAAAAUAUAUGCAAAAAUACAGAAAAUCAGAAAGGGCAAAUACUUUUUCACAGCACUGUAAGUAUUCAACCCCUUAGUCAGUACCUGUUAGAAUCAGCUCUGUCAAGUUGGUUGUUGAUCAUUGCUGGACAAGCCACUAGGCCACUCAGAAACAUUCAUCUCAGUGUCUGUUGAAGCAUCAACUUUGUUUGCCUGUUCUUAGCUCUAUUUCAUUUAUUUUUAUUAUGGCUGCAUCAUGUUAUGGGUAUGCUUGUCAUUGGCAAGGACUAUAAAAAAAAGUCCUUGCCAAUGUCAAGCAUACCCAUAACAUGAUGCAGUCAUCUCCAUGCUUGAAAAUAUGAAGAGUGGUACUCAGUGAUGUGUUUGUUGUGUUGAAUUUGCCUCAAACAUAAUGGUUUGUAUUUUUUUUUAAAGUACAUUUCUUUGCAGUAUUACUUUAGUGCCUUAUUGCCGGAUGCGUGUUUUGAAAUAUUCUGCACAUGCUUCCAUCUUUUAUUUCUGUAAUUUAUGUUAGUAUUGUGGAAAAACAACAAUGUUGUUGAUUCAUCCUCAGUUAUCUCCUAUCACAGCCAUUAAACUCUGUACCUGUUUUAGUUGGCCUCAUGGUGAAAUCCUUGAGUGGUUACCUUCCUCUCCAUCAAAUUAGUUAGGAAGGACGCCUGUAUCUUUGUAGUGACUAUGUGUAUUGAUACACCAUCCAAAGUGUAAAUAAUAACUUUACCAUGCUCAAAGGGAAUAGCUGCCCUUCUUCGGAAAACCUCUCUGGUCUUUGUGGUUGAAUCUGUGUUUGAAAUUCACUGCUCGACUGAGAGACCUUACAGAUAAUUGUAUGUGUGAGGUACAGAGAUGGGGUAGUAAUUUAAAAAUCAUGAUAAACACUAUUAUUGCACACAGAGUGAGUCCUUGCAACUUAUUAUGUGACUUGUUAAGCACAUUUUUGCUCCUGAACUUAUUUAUGCCAUAACAAAAGAAUUGAAUACUUAUUGACUCAAGACAUUUCACCUUUUCAUUUGUAAACAUUUGUAAAAACAUUAUUCCACUUUGACAUUUUGGGGUAUUGUGUGUAUAUCAGUGGCACAGCAUCUCAAUUUAAUCCAUUUUAAAUUCAGGCCGUAACACAACAAAGGGUGGAAAAAGUCAAGGAGUGUGAAUACUUUCUGAAUACACUGUACAGUGUGUUUUAGAAGCUGAGUUGAUGUUGCCAUAUGUUGUGUU